GGGAGUCAACGAUCGAGUUAUGUUCGCCUCGAGUCGCUUUGUGCGGCCGAUCGCGCCAGACCACGAUUGUAAAAGAACCUCUUCCCCCCACAACCUGGGGGUUUUAUGGGUGGAGAGAGCAUUCUUAAUUCUCCUUAGUAGAAUUUACGGGUGUGAAAUUCUUAGUGGGUUAACUAACACUCUUAUCUACAAAUAAGUGCAGUCUUAGAGACAUGACUAGGCCCCUUUGGUUUCGGUGGGAUUUCCUCCAAGAUAAGCGUAGAUCGGAUGGUAGCCUAUAUUAAGGUAUCAGAAUUCAAUUCUGCCUGCCCUUAUCUGAAAGAAAGUCCUCAGAAUUUGGAGGAAUAGGUUGAUGUCCAAGAGUUGAAUAGUCUUGCAAGUUUGGAGCGGAGGAAUAUCGGUGGCUUUUCCUUUUUACUAUAUUAACUGCAGACUGGCAAAGACUUUAUCCCAAAAAGGAUUAACAGCCAUUCUACUUCAAAUCAGGACUCUCAAAACACAAGCAUUCCGCGGGAAGAAAGCUCUCAGUUGCCCUCUACCAGCCAAGGAUAUGUUCUGCCUGAAGGAAAAAUCAUGCCAAAUACCAUUUUUGUGGGUGGAAUAGAUAUAAGGAUGGAUGAGACAGAAAUUCAGAACUUUUUUGCACGAUAUGGCACAGUUAAAGAAGUGAAAAUAAUCACUGAUAGAACUGGUGUAUCUAAAGGAUAUGGAUUUGUAUCAUUUUUGGACAACGUAGAUGUACAGAAAAUAGUAGAAUCACAAGUAAAUUUUCAUGGGAAGAAGCUCAAAUUAGGACCUGCAAUAAGGAAACAUCCAAACUUAUGUGCCUAUCAUGUGCCACCCAGGCCAAUGCUUAUUAAUUCCCCUACACCUCAGUUCCAUAGUGUUUGGAGUAACCAAGAAACAUAUAUGCAGUCUCCAGCUGUGAUGAGUCCUGUCACUCAAUAUGUUCAGGCAUACCCUUAUGGUUCCCCAGCUUUAUUAAUUCAGCAGCAGGUUCCUGUAGGAUACCAGCCAACAUACAAUUACCAGGUUCCACCACAGUGGCCUCCUGGAGAACCAAGAAAUUACAUUGUGCCGGCAUAUACUACAGUGAAUUAUGGUAGUGAAAUGGAUGUAGGAACUGACCAAGCAGAGUGUUCUAUGCCUGACACUGCACAGUCAUGUGCAAACAGUCCACAAAAGAAAUCUGUGGAUCGCAGCAUACAGACAGUAGUAUCAUGUCUAUGUAAUCCAGACAACCGAUUGAGGAACAAUAUUGUAACUCAAGAGGACUAUCUUAAGGAGAAGAGAGCACAUCAUUUUAGAAGAAGCAGAGCUGUUCUUAAAACUGUUUGACUCAACAAUAGAUUUAGAAAACCUGGAAUAUUCAUGUUUGUCAUUUGUAAAGAUAGAAAACCUUGCAGGUUAAUAUUGCUGACAAAACACUUGACAAUUAUGUAGCCUUACUGGCAAAAGUUAUUUGAAGUUGGAGUUCAUUUGAAGUUUGUAUGCGAUAUGUUUCUAGAUGUUUGAAUGUUUAUGUUAUUUAUUUCUAGACAUAUUUACAUGUUUUAUCUAGUCUAGAUUUUUCUGUGUUCUAACUUCUAACCAGAAAAUGUCAAGUUUAACAGUUGGAGUUCUUAACCGUUCUAAACAUUGGGUUGUGUUUCUAAGCUUUAAAAUACGUUUUACUGCAUGUUGGCACUUGUUUCUAACAUUUUAACUUGCUCCCAGCUCACACUUAAAAUAGGAGGAUCUUUUUUUGCAAGAGGUAUUUUUAAAACUGUACUUGAAUCAGGUGAAUAAACAGACAUCCAAUUGCAUCUCAAUUGCUGCCAUAAGUACAUACUCAGUACAGUAUUGCCUUACAUAUCCAAUCAGUGGGGACUUCAUUCACUACCUGUGUGAGCUGCUUAGUUAUCAGUUCUGAAACUGAUAGAAUUAAAAGUGUACUCAAGGAUGUAAUUAAUAGUAUUAACUAUACUUGGUGAGUUACACUUUUUUAUACUUGGCCAUCCUGGCUAAAAUAUCUUAAAAUUGUGGAAAGAAUGAGUACCACGUGAUCUUGUGCUUUUUAAAACUGGUCACCAGCUUUAAAUCAAAGAAUUUGUGAAACUGUUUAAUUAUGUAGACUUUAGUUUUGUAUCAGUAAAAUUCCACAAAUAAACUCCUUUGAGCUGGA